CAAUGCAUUGUGACUUCGAUUUUGGACAUGUUGAUACCAGAGGAUUUGAUGACUGUGAACACUGACACUUUGGUAGCUGCUGCUGCUGCCGCCACCGCCCCGACUCCACCAGUGACGCGCUGUGAACCGUAAAAUGUGCAACCGCGUUUGGUGCGACGUGAAGGCUCAUCAAUCAUGGCUACAACUCCCAGAUCGCAGGCGAUUUCGACUCCCAAACCUCAUCCCACUCCGAGCAGACUGAUGGCGUCCCCACGGCCGGGGACAUCAGGUAAUGCCAGCCGACCUCUUGCCUACAAGUCUCCUGCGGUCAAAACUCCGGCAUCCGCGCAGGGGCACGGGCACCAUGUCAGUGUCUCCUCCCAACCGUCCUCCACCCCUCUGGCGGCGGUCGCAAUACAUGACGAACUCCUCGCCCUAAAUUCCCCCGCUGCUGCUCUCAUGGCUUCAAUAGGCCCGACGGGACUGACACCCUUACCGAGUGGUGCUGAUGGACUGGGCAUUACCACAAAUCUCCCGGGAAAUUCUGUUCGUCCUUCUGCUACUUCGGUCAAUCCCGAGAUGGAGCGAUUACAUAGGCUACAGUUGGUCGCAGACACACUCAAGAGUCGGGUCUCUGGUUACGGAGUUACACGGGAGGGUGUAGAAAGAACAGCACAACUACACGGGUUUGACACGGCCUGGGACGAUGAUAACCUCACAAUCGCUGGCAUCGCUGUCGAGCUUGAAGUCAUGUUCGAUUCCAUUGACAGAGACCACGUCAAGGAUGUCAGUCUCAAGCUCAACGCACCCGACAGUGAGGAGCCUCAACUGCUGGAACAAGGAACAGAUAUCCUCAAGCAAAAUCUUGAACCCUCCAUUACUGUUAAGGGCAUUCCGCAAUGGAAGGGUCUGGACACAUUUCAGUCGAACUUGCAAUAUCUAAGUCAAUUGGACCGCAUCGAGGGCGGUGUUCCCUGCUUCCAAGCCAUAAACAGUCUGUACAACGCCUUUCAGAAAAUCUGGACCGCAGAAAAAGAGAGAUUCAAUGGUCGAUCAGUCCAACAACGGCUCAGACGAGGUGCCAUUGGCAGACCGGCCCUCGACCAGGAACAACGCCUAGGGUUGUCCGUUGACUACUGGGUUGGCGGGCAAGCCAUGCAACAGGAGGCCGUUGGUCCCCCGGGUGGUGAGCAGAUGCAUACUGCCAGAUUCUUCUGCGAUCCAGGGACCCCUUCAACAGUAUUAACAAAAGAAUGGAUUUCAGACCGUGUUCUCAUCGAAAAUAUUCAAGCGGAGGGAGAUGCUUCGAAUGAAACACCGCAGCCUGACUGGAAAGACCCUGCAAACGAUGCAAAUGAGUUCGAGAAGGCAGGUUCGGACGAGCCGGCCAUGGAGAGAACAGGCGAAAUAUCUUCCAAUGUCCUCAACAUGCACUUUGCUUGUUCUUUGUCGCCCACAGUAUACGUUCCUAUCAAUGUGGCAGCCACCCUUAAUGUGGAGAUGGCGAUGUUCGAGAUGAAUCAGGAGCUGGCUAUUACCUCCCAGAUGAUCCUACAAGAACACUUUAACGCCUCGAAGGUGGGUGGUGCUAAGACUGUGUCUGAAGAGCGUUGGCUUCGGUGUCUGCCAGCACCCAUGGAGGGCGAUCCACUGCGGUAUCGUCGACAUUCUUACGCCCUACACUCAGCUCAACAUGCUGCUGCUCUAUGGUGCUACCCAGUGACACAACUCAGCUUCAAUCAUCCGAGACAUUUUGCCGCCGCCAUUCCCAUAUUACGGCAAUACGCUCUGGUCUGGAGCCUUCUGCGCAGUCUGGUCAACUAUGGAGAGAUAGAACCAAGCCAUCAACUACCCACCGCUCGUCAAAAACAGCCUCCAGUAACCAACAAGUCGGGGCGGCCUUCCAAACGCAGCAACGCCAAAGUCAUAGGGGUCACACUUGACACUAUUGUUGGCACGAACGGCAGCAAAACAGACAAUGACGAUGUCUUACCGGUGGAUGUGAGCCUAGAUGUGUUUUCCGAUAUCUCAAAAGCACGACUUGACGUUUUCGCCCCAUUUCAGGGGAAGCCUGCCACAAGUCGGCAGGGCGCGUUUCUGUUCUUGUCUGUGAACAUCUGCCGUGACGGUAUAAUUGAGGUCAAUGAUCUCAAGGGUUUGCAUCCUUCUGUUGCUUCGUCCGAUCAGAUUGUACGGAUUCUUACCGCCACUGAAGACAUUGGACUCCUCGUCGAGUGGCUGCUGGAACGAACCCACAUCAGAGGUUAGGUUGUAGUAAUGAUGGAGGCGCAAAGUCUGGCUCCGACGGUGAACAUGCGUUGGACUGAAUAGGAAGUUUGGUUGCAUCCAUACACGAUGCAUCGUUGGCCGUGUCCUCCGACCACUUUGAUGACAUUCAUGCAUUAGUAAGAAUGAAUCACCUAUUGCUGUUAAGGGCCUUGUUCAGUAUGAGUGAUCAACUUCCAUGCUCAUUGGAUCGCCCUGACUAACAUGUAUGGACUAUGAGCUGAGGUACAUAAAUGUUGCCUCUAAGAGAUGCAGGUAGUAGUGCAUGUGCUCGAAUCUGACUAAUAGGGCCGUCAUGUCGGCAUGAUAUUGCGUGCUUCCGCUCCGACUCGUGGAUUAGGCCUUA